AGACACCAUGGAGUCUGGGGCAAGGAAAGGUUUCUAUAGGCAGGACAUUAACAAGACCAAGUGGGAAGCGCCCGUGCGAUACAGAGAACUGGCUGCAGUGGGCUCAGGAGCCUAUGGAACUGUAUGCUCUGCUCAAGACCGCCUGACAGGGGAGCGGGUGGCCAUAAAGAAGCUUCUUCGUCCAUUUCAGUCAUUGGUUCAUGCCAAAAGAGCCUAUCGGGAGCUUCGCCUGCUCAAGCACAUGAAGCAUGAGAAUGUCAUUUCUCUCCUUAAUGUCUUUACUCCAGAUGAGUCGGUGGAAACCUUUCAGACAUUUUACCUGGUUAUGCCAUUCAUCGCUGUUGACUUAAGCCGAGUCAUGAGAAUGCAAAGACUCAAUCAAAGCACUAUAGUGUACCUUCUCUACCAGAUCCUGCGGGGCCUCCAGUAUAUCCACUCGGCUGGAAUUGUCCACAGGGAUCUUAAACCAAGUAAUCUGGGAGUAAAUGAAGACUAUGAGCUAAAGAUUUUAGAUUUUGGACUCGCCCGGCAAACUGAAUUUGAAAUGACAGGCUAUGUGGUGACUCGCUGGUACCGCGCUCCAGAGGUGAUUCUGAACUGGAUGCAUUACAACCAAACAGUGGAUAUUUGGUCAGUUGGAUGUAUUCUGGCAGAAAUGAUCACUGGCAAAGUCCUGUUUCCCGGAGGAGACUAUUUUGAUGAGCUAAACAGGAUCAUUGAGGUUACAGGAAGUCCACAGCCAUCACUGAUCAACAAGAUGGAAAGCUCACAUGCUCAAGACUAUGUGAGAAUGCUCCCCAAGAAACAAAAAAAGAAUUUUAAGGAGCUCUUUCCAACUAUGAGUUCAAUAGAGACGGAACUCUUAGAGAAGAUGCUGGAUCUAGACCCUGAAAAAAGAAUCAAUGCAACGGAAGCCCUAGCACAUCCAUAUCUUGAGGAAUAUAACGAUUCUGAUCCUGAUCCACCUGCAGAGAAAUAUGAUGACUCAUUUGAAAGCCUAGAUCUGGAUGUCCAUGAGUGGAAAAGUUUGAGCCACAUGGAAAUAAUGACGUUUGAGCCAAUGAAACAGAGCCAAGCAGCUAGUUAACUACACAGGACUAAUUCUCCAUAAUAACUAGUAUGGGAUCCACCUUCUCAGCUCUUUGGAACAAGAAACUGCACAAUUCAGAGGCAGGCAGAAACAUGGUGUCCUGACCCAAAAGAACUUGUUCAUUGAGUUGAGCAUUCACUGCCGAUAUGACUGAGUUUAUUAUUUUUUUAUGCAAAUCUUUUACUUUCUGCUGAUAAUGGUUUUGUUUUGUAUUGUGACCUGAAACGAGGACAACAUGAGAACUGAGCCGUAAGCUUCAUUGGGGGGCUCCUUAGAAAUAAAAAAAGAUGACAAAUGAUAUACUGUAUAAAGUAUAUAAAUAUAUAAUUACAUUGUGUAAAGUGAAAGUGUAUCACAGGCAGAGGAAGACUAACCCACACACGAGUGACAUCUAGUAAUGUGGAGGCAACUUAAUCGCUGAAUCAGACGUCAUCUGCAGACGGGUCUCACUGUGUGCAAAGAAGAAUAUGUGACCAAUGCAAUGUACAGAAAUAUAUUAAUAAUGUGCAUAUAAGCUGUUAAUCAUUAAAAACGCUUAAAAUGUAUUUUAAA